AUGGGCUUCUUCGAUGGCUGGGACGGGGCCUCCGUCGUUUCGGGAAAGUCAUCUCGCAAGCAUCAUCACCACAAAUCAUCAUCGUCCCACAAGCACAAGCGAUCAAGGUCCCGCUCUCGAUCUCGGCAUCGACACUCCAAAUCCACAAAUAACUUGGGCGACUUCUUUGGCUUUGACCAGCACAGCAGCCAUUACAACAAGCACAAUGCCUCGCGGGGAUCCUUCUUCAAUCUGGGCAACAGCAGCUCCCGGAGCUUCUUUGGGCUAGGCCGCUCGUCCUCUUACUACAAGCGGUCGCCGCGCUCCAACUUCAUGCAGCGCAUGUACAAGCAGCUCAAGCGACUGCUUCGUGACCUCAUCUACUACGCCAAGAAGCACCCGAUGAAGGUCUUCAUGCUAGUCAUCAUGCCCCUCAUCACGGGUGGCGCACUCACUGCCCUUCUAGCCCGCUUCGGGCUCCGUCUGCCCCCGGGCCUCGAGCGCAUGCUCGGCAUUGCCGCCAGGACGGCAGGAGGUGGCAGUGCGGGUCUAGUCGGCGAGGCGGUCCGCAUGGCCAGUGGAUUGGGUGGCUCCGGCAGCGUUCAUGUCGAGCGUGGACGAGACGGUCACAUGGCAUGGGAACGUCGAACAGCGUAUGAAGACGAUGGCUGGGGCGAUGGGUUUGUCAAAGGCGUGUCGAAGAUGUUCUGGUAG